AUGUCUACAUUUGGUACCUUAUUCCGCGUUACCACAUACGGUGAAUCCCAUUGUAAAUCCGUCGGUUGCAUAGUAGACGGUGUUCCUCCAGGAAUGUCCCUUACCGAGGACGAUAUCCAACCACAACUCUCUCGUAGAAGACCGGGCCAAUCUAAGCUUUCUACUCCUAGAAACGAGAAGGACCGUGUGGAGUUCCAAUCUGGGGUUGAAUUCGGUAAAACUUUGGGAACUCCUCUGGCCAUGAUAGUCAGAAAUGAAGAUCAAAGGCCCCACGAUUAUUCGGAUAUGACUAACAAGUACCCUAGACCUUCUCAUGCAGAUCUGACUUACAUGGAAAAGUACGGUAUCCAGGCAUCUUCUGGUGGUGGUAGAGCCUCUGCCAGAGAGACAAUUGGUAGAGUGGCUGCUGGUGGUAUUGCUGAGAAGUUUUUGAAGCAAGUCUCUAAUGUUGAGAUUGUAGCCUUCGUGACGCAGAUUGGAGAGAUCAAGAUGGAUAGAAACACGUUCGAUCCUAAGUUUCAACAUCUUUUGCAAACCAUUACUAGGGAGAAAGUGGACAACAUGGGGUUCAUUAGAUGUCCUGAUGCUUCUGUUGCCGGGGAUAUGGUGAAGGAAAUUGAAAAAUAUAGAGGUAACCAGGAUUCCAUUGGUGGUGUAGUCACUUGUGUGGUAAGAAAUUUGCCUACUGGGUUAGGUGAACCAUGUUUCGAUAAGUUGGAGGCCAUGUUAGCUCAUGCCAUGCUAUCCAUUCCUGCUUCUAAGGGGUUUGAAAUUGGUUCCGGGUUUGCAGGUGUUUCUGUACCAGGUUCUAAGCAUAAUGAUAUGUUUUACUUUGACGAAGAAACUCAAAGAAUAAGAACCAAGACAAAUAAUUCUGGUGGUAUUCAAGGUGGUAUUUCCAAUGGUGAAAACAUUUACUUCUCUGUCCCAUUCAAGUCUGUGGCUACUAUUUCUCAAGAACAACAUACAUGUACUUACGAUGGUAAAGAUGGUGUUCUUGCCGCUAAGGGGAGACACGACCCUGCAGUGACUCCAAGGGCCAUUCCAAUCGUUGAAGCCAUGACCGCAUUAGUCCUAGCUGACGCAUUAUUAAUUCAAAAAUCAAGAGAUUACUCAAGAUCCAUUGUUCAUUAA